UCAGUCGAGCCUGGAAUUCGAACGGGAUCACAACGAAGAAUUUAAAGCGCGAGAAAAACAAUUGUGUAGUUGCUAUCAGCAUCGGUGCAUUUUAAGAAAUAUUUAAAUUCAAAUACUUAUAAAGCGGAAACGUAAAAUGAUGGCCAAGUGGCUCCUUGGCCUUUGGCUGGCGAUCCUGCUAGUGGAUCGACCCGGGGCUAAAGCUUAUCGAUCAGGCAGUGGCUACCACAGCGAGCAGUCGGAACCAGUUGGCUUAUCAGCAACAGGGAACGCACACUCGAGUUACGGAGGCGACCAGCAGCAGCCUAUUUACCAUCGGGAUUCGGCAUGCCCGCCGCAUUUUACGGGUCUGGUUGCAUAUCCCCACGACUGUCAUCGCUAUGUGAACUGCUUCGAUGGCAGCCCCACCAUUCAGACGUGUUCGCCCGGAACUCUGUUCAAUGACAGGACCCAGGUGUGCGAUCAUCCCAGCAAUGUGGUUUGCCCUUCAGCGGAAUCUGCAUCUACUCGACUGGGAAGACUUAGGCAAUUAGAUAGUGAACCCAAGUGUCAACCGGGAGUGAAUGGAUUGCAACCGCAUCCUUCGGAUUGCAGCAAGUUUCUUAACUGCGCCAAUGGUCAAGCUUUUAUUAUGGACUGCGCACCAGGAACUGCUUUUAGUCCAGCAUCACUGGUAUGUGUGCACAAGGAUUUGGCCAAAUGCGGAUCGGGAACUGGAGCAGUACGAGAUGAUACCUCCGGCACCGGCUACCCUGCGUUGCCUUUUGAUGACUUGGGCUGUCCACCCGGUACACGUGGGCUUCGUCCACAUCCGCACGACGUGCACAAGUAUUUGAGGUGCGGAAUUGGGGUUAAGCCUCAGGUGGAACAGUGUCCACGGGGCCACAUCUUCGAUGGCUCCUCUUCGGUAUGUGUGUAUUCUGACUCCCCUCGGACCUCCUCUUCCUCCUUCACGUCGGCUGAGAUUCAGGUCAACUAUCUCUUGUGUCCAGUGGGAGCCGUUGGCCAAUUUGUUCAUCCCUUUGAUCAAACAAAAUUCCUUAGUUGUAAGGAUGGUAAAUCGGCUGUGCAAAACUGCCAACCUAAUUAUGUGUUUAGCAUAUCGAGGCGCUACUGUCAGUUAAAAGCACAAUUAGCCUUUACCGACUAUGUCACAUUAAUUAUCUCCGAAAUCAGCUAUGAGUAUUCACUUAUCCUUAAUGCCUGUCCUGGUAACAUCAACGGCAUCUUCUUGUAUCCCUACGAUGCUAAAAAGUACGUUCAGUGCUCGUCUGGUGGCAGAAUGUCCAUCCUAAGUUGUGGCCCCCAGAUGGCAUUCAGUGUAUCCCAAAGAAGUUGUCUUCCAAGUCAUCAAGUGCACAUAUCUGAUCGGGUGCAGUUCUGGCAGGAAGUCCAAGUUCAGACCACUUAUACUUCUCAAGACUUACGGGGAAAUGUUCAAAGCCAGCUGUCUUCACUUAGAUCGUGUCCACCCAAUGUCCAGAAGAAUUACCCUUAUCCAUUCCAUGCUGGCCACUAUGUCAGGUGCCAAUAUGGAGCAUUAGAGAUCAUAUGCUGUCCCACUGGACAGCUUUACAGCCUCUCCCAGCGUCAAUGUGUGCCUCGUAGCCUUCUCUCUGCACAUGAUUACUUGGAUUACUCCUAUAUCAGUGCUGAACUUUCCACUGAGUUUAUGGUGGAUCGUUCGACGCUUUCUUGUCCUCCACAAGCACAGGGACUCUAUCUGCAUCCCUUCGAUUGCACCAAGUAUGUCAGGUGCUGGAAUCAGCAGACCUUCAUUGAGAGUUGUACACCGGGGGAAAUUUUCAGUUUCUCUAAUCAGAAAUGCGUACCAAAGGAGCAGUGUAAAGGACCGACAGAUCAUGUCGAAUAUUUAAUUGAAACUACAACUGUUACGACUUACGAUUCGGAUGGCCCGGAGUCCGCAAGCAGUUUGGCUAAAACCGGUGACAUUUCCUGCCCACCUGGAGCCUCUGGAAAUCAUGCCCACCCAUUCGAUUGCACAAAGUUCUUGGAAUGUUCAAAUGGGCAAACUUUUGUAAAGAAUUGUGGUCCGGGCACAGCUUUCAGUACUGCCAAACAUAUCUGCGAUCACGCCAAUCAGGUGGACUGCAGUGGAAGAAAUUCAUUGCCUGAACAAUCCCAGGUUACCCAGAAUAACAUAGCAACCAGUUACCCAACGAAACCAUUGGAUAUUCUCCCAAUAUUAAAGACAUCGCCCCCCUCUUACCCACAUGCCGAGCACCUGACAGAUCUAUUGUGCCCCUCGGGAGUGAACGGUCAAUUUGUUCACCCAUUCGACCAAACAAAGUUCCUCCUUUGCCAGGCUGGUAAAUUGGCGGUUCAAAGUUGUCAGUCUGGAUAUGUGUUCAGUAUAUCCAAGAGUAUUUGCCAGCCUAAGACACAGUUGGUUUACAGCGAUUAUGUGACUUACAAAGUCUCUGUUAUCAGCAUUGACCAAACUAUGAUACUAUCUGCCUGUCCGGAUGGCACCAACGGCCUUCAUCUUUAUCCCUACGACGCUGGAAAAUAUGUACGUUGCUCUGACGGCGGCAAGAUGAGCAUUCAAAGUUGUGAAAAUCAAAUGGCCUUUAGCUUAUCCCAGCGGGCAUGCCGGCCAAGUCGUCUGCUGUCCACUGAAGAUCGUGUAAGAUUCCGGGAGGAAUUACAGAUCCAGACCACUUAUAGCAGCCAAGAUAUUCAGAUUCAACAGUCCCCACUUAAGGAAUGCCCAUCCGUGCUUCGUGGAAACUACCCUUAUCCCUUCCAUGCGGGUCACUUUGUAAAUUGCCAAAAUGGUCAUUUACAGAUUGUGAGUUGUCCGCCAACAGCUCUAUACAGUUUAUCCCAACGCGAGUGUGUUGUCCGACAGCUCCUCUCCCCCCAUGACUAUCUGGACUAUGCCUACAUCAGUGUACAAUUAUCGACUAACAUUAUUCACGACACCACAGCGUUGUCUUGUCCCCCACAAGCCCAGGGCUAUUACCUACAUCCUUUCGAUUGCACAAAGUAUAUAGUGUGCUGGGAGAAGCAAACACAUAUAGAAAGCUGUCCGCAAGGUGAAGCAUUUAGCAUAUCCCAGCAAAAGUGUGUGGCUAGGGACAAGAUCACUCAAGCCUAUGAUCGUGUUGAGUAUUUAGAAGAUACGCAGCAUGAGUUAAGUCACGAGGAGGCUGAGGAAGAGGAGCAGACAGAACCGGAGAGUAACCUCUCCCUUGACGGAGGCAAUCAGCCGCCUGGAAAGUAUCAGGCACCUUACUAUUCAAAUGGAGGAUACCCAACGCCUUCUCAAAAUAAUGGUGGUUAUCAGACACCUUCUCAAAAUAAUGGUGGUUAUCAGGCACCUUUUCAAAAUAAUGGAGGUUACCAACCAUCCUACCAAGGCAAUGGAGGUUACACACCAACAUACCAAAACCCUUUUGAGGGUUACCACCAACCCAAUCAAUCAUCGUAUCAAACAAAUGGUGGAUACCAGCCACCCUUACCACCUCAUGGAGGUUACCAACCACCUUCUCAAACUUAUGGAGGUUUCCAACAACCUAAUCGAACAUAUGAAGAUUUUCACAAUCCUUCGCAAACUGUUGGAGGUUUCCAGCCACCCUAUUCAGUUAAAGGAGGCUACCAGCCCCACAAUCAACUUAAUGGAGGUUACAAUCAACCAAAUCAAUCAUCAUCUUUUCAAGCGAAUGGAGGUUAUCAGCCACCUUCUCAAGUGAACAGAGGAUACCAGACUUCCUUCGAAUCAAAUGGAGGUUAUCAGCCACCUUUGGAAACCAACAAAGGGCACCAGGUACCUUCUCAGAUAAAUGGAGGGUACCAACCACGUGUGGAUGGCAAUCGAGGAUACCAGCCGCCUAAUGAGUUAAACGGAGGCUAUCAGCCUCCCAAUGAGUUAAAUGGAGCCUACCCGGCACCUUCUCAGUUAAACGGAGGCUACCAGCCUCCUUUAGAAGGGAAUUUAGGUUACCGACCACUUUCUCAACAAAAUAGUGGAUAUCAGCCACCACAGCCAUCAACUGGUGGAUAUCAGCCACCUUUCCAAUCAACUGGUUCAGGCCAUUAUCCUGGGCAAGAUGCGCCCUAUGCUAUUCCAACUCCUCUGUUGUGUCCAGAAAAGAUUAGCGGCCUCUUUCCAAAUCCUUUCGACGCUACAGGCUAUCUGACCUGCAUCGAUGGUCAUACGUUACCUAGGCAAUGUCAGCCCCUCGAUGUGUUCAGUGUUUCCCAAGGCUACUGCUUGCCCGAACAGCACGUAAAUAAAACGGAUCGCGUCCCCUUUGAAAGGACUCAAACUUAUCAGGAUAAUUCUUUGGACUGUCCUAGAGAUUUUCUUGGCUUCGUUGUGUAUCCAUUCGAUUGCUCAAAGUACCUGAGCUGUGGACCGAGCGGAAUGAAAUUGUUAAAUUGCCCGGGUGAACAACACUAUAGUAUCUCUCAUGGAUUCUGUAAGCCCGUUGAUCAGGUGCAACGUGAGGAUCGUCUAUAUACGAUCAAUGAACUGCACAUCAUUUUCGAGUGGACACAGAAAAUGAUGAUAGUAGGCGCAGUCACAGCCUGCCCUGAAGGAAUAACUGGAACCCUACCACAUCCUAGGGUGCCCACCAAGUACCUGCGGUGUGGACCAGGCCAGGCGGAGAUGUACGACUGUCCGAGCCAACAGAUUUUCAGCGUUUCUCGCAGAGUGUGCGUGCUGGAUGAUAAACUCUCUAGUUAUGAUCGCACUGACUAUUUGGUUCGGGGGGUUAAUUCCGGUUGGAUGGAUCCCUCUAAUGACAACCGUCAAUCCAAGUCAUAUGAGACAUCUGGCAGGGAUCAGUUCGGCAACCGAUAUACAACCAGAACUACCACGACAACGCGGGUGAUCGGAGACCGUUGGACGGAUAUGAACAUGCAGCGACCUUCAGGUGUAGGUGUGGAACAAAAUCCGCAUCAUCAUCAUCAUGGAUACAACCCGGGUUGGUCUGGCCAGGAGACAUCCUACGUUCAGCGUGGACCUACACAAAGUACUCUAUAUGUGGAGGGAUCGCUACAGCCGAACCGUAAUUAUCCUACCAAUAAGACUCCAUUGGCCCCCAUGGCACCGACCAAUACAGGAGGUGUCUACUACGGCCAGCCCGUUGAAGACAAACAAAAUGUGCCGUCGCGUCAGAACUAUAGUCGCAGAAUUGAUUAUGGCUCGCCUGGCAAUGGAUGGAAACCUAUGCCACCACUGGAUCCAUUGGGCGGACAGCAACCAUUAAAUCUAGAUUAUUCUCCCCAUUCUCCUGGUGCCAAGGAACCCCAAUCCCAAGAUAGUUUGCCCGGACAGAAACCCAUUAACUUGGACUAUGAUGAGGAACCAAUACCUCAGUAUCUUCACAACGGACUACCGCCGUAUCCGGGAUCGCCACCACGCUUUUAUCCAGAUCAGUUACCCAGUGGCUCAAAGCCAAUUGGUAGACAGCAACCAGUUGAGUCCAGCCCUGACGCCAGUGGUUACCCAGACCAGCAAAAACCUUUGGAUCCUGACAAUGGGCUUCACGGAUCAAAAGUUCCCCCAAGGCAUAGCCCUAAUCCAGGGUAUCCUUUGUAUAAUGAAUCCAAUCUUUAUGGUGGUCUCUUACCUCCCAAACCAGAUUCACCAGUUAACACAACACCCACUCCAACUCCUAACCCUUCAUCUUCCCAGGCUCCAACUCCGCAAUUGGCUAACCGAUUGCACACAUUUCCUAUUUAUCCACCUGUGGAUAAUAAAACCUCUCUGCGAAAUCCAAUACAACCACACUAUAGUCCCUCUUAUGCAGGAAUUGCCCAUUCUAGAGACGCCCCUUGGGCCAAAGUGCCUGUGACUAGUACGACUCCAGCACAAGAUCCCGAUCCUUUCAAUCCUGAAUUGGAUGAACCUUUCUACGACGAUGUCGACUUCUUAACGACAACAGUGAGAAAUGUAUUGGUGCCUCCGCCUUUCGACCAUAAGUUUUAUAGUCCUCAGUCGACAAAUCCAAGCAUUAAUCGAAAUCAAUCUGCAUCUGGUCCCAACUCCCAAGCGGCAAUUAAAGAAGCUCUUAAGCUUAUGCUGCGUCCCUAUUUCAAUCACAGUGGGAAUGCCCAAGAGCAACUUGCUCAACAGGCUGAAUCGGCUAUAGUGUCUGUAAUUAGUAAGCCGUCAACCACUACCACCACCACACCAAGGCCAACUUCCAAGACACCUAAAACAGACCCUGACUUUGACGCCGAACUUAUUAAAGCGGGUGAACAGGAAAGCUUGGAUUCCGUUGACGACGACUAUGUUUUUCCAGAUGCCAGGGAGACGUCCCGAACCGAGCAGACCCUAGAUCCCAGUACCACAUACGCCUCGACAAACUUUCAACGGAGCACUCGCAGGGCUGAGUUAGAUCCUGACACCCUAACCGCAACUACAAUGAAAACCAAUUGGCAUGCGCCUGGUCACAGUCGUGACUACCACCGGCGUCAUCCAAAUUUACCCGAUCCGUUUACCGAGCACCAUCCCAAUUCCUCUCCCCACCAACACCACCACCACCACCGUCACCCACAUGAACAUAGUGCUGACUUCCAUAUUCGUCAUCCGGAGCUACCCAACCCAUUUCCACUAAAGAAUGAAACUCCGCAACAUCAGGAUCUCAAUGAUGACUGGGAUCUGCUACCCAAUUCCAAUGCUGAGGAAGUGACUCCCAAAUUAGCUACCCGUUCAAGCUUCAACACCCAAUGUGAUUUCGAUUGCGGCAACGGCCAAUGCCUGAAGAAGGAGGAGAUUUGCGAUGGGAAGAAAAAUUGCCCCAAUGGCAAAGAUGAGGCUAACUGCCCGCCAUCGGACUACGAGGUGCGGCUAUCAGGGGGCGAGAGUCCAAACAUGGGCCGUAUCGAAGUCAAGGCUAAUGGUCAAUGGGGAUAUGUGUGUGAUGACAAGUUCGGUUUGAAGGAUGCAGAUGUCGUUUGCCGAGAACUUGGCUUUCAGAUGGGCGCCCAAGAAGUGCGUGGUAGCUCCUUUUAUGCUCCCCCAAACCAGGAUUUUAACUACCUGAUGGAUGAGGUCGAGUGCCAUGGCAAUGAAACCAAGCUGGGUCAGUGCGCCUUCAAGGGCUGGGGUGUUCACAACUGCGGUGUUGAUGAAGUGGCUGGCGUGACCUGCAAAGUUCCGGUGAUGAAGUGUCCCAAUAACUACUGGCUGUGUCACACUUCCAAGGAAUGCAUACCACCAGCCUUUGUGUGCGACAAUACCCCAGACUGUGCGGAUAAGUCGGAUGAGUGUGCAGCCGUCUGUCAGGCUCCCGUUCAAUACCGUUUAGAGGGUGGUCGGAAUUCCAAUGAAGGACGCCUGGAGGUAAAACACCAUGGCGUAUGGGGCAGUGUUUGUGAUGAUGACUUUAAUCUCAAGUCUGCCCAAGUUGCCUGCAACUCAAUGGGCUUUUUUGGACCAGCGAAAAUCGAAAAGAACAUAUUUGGCAACAGCAAUGGACCCAUUUGGCUCGAUCAGGUAAUGUGCUUUGGAAACGAGACAAGCAUUGACCAAUGUAACCACUGGAACUGGGGCGAGCACAACUGCAAUCACACUGAAGAUGUUGCGCUGCACUGCAGCGCUGGGCCACCACCUCGCAGUCAGAGGUAUUCCCAGACUCAGAUUAAAGGUGGUAGAUCCCUGGGACGGGAAACCACACCGAAGACCUAUUCACAAAUUGGGCUGUGGGAACGGUCGAGCAAGGCAGUACAUACUCCUCGUCGAUGCGGAAUCUUCAAGGAUGACCUGACCGAUGAGUACGCCCACCGAGAGGAGCGCGUGGUUAGGGGAAAUGUGGCACAGCGGGGUCGUCACCCUUGGCAAGCUACCAUCAGAACCCGCGGACGUGGUGGUAUCUCCAGUCAUUGGUGUGGAGCUGUGGUAAUAUCCAAGCGCCAUCUCCUCACCGCCGCUCACUGUCUGUAUGGAAGUCCCAAAGGAGCUUACUUUGUGCGCGUCGGAGAUCACUACGCAAACAUAGCCGAGUCCUCCGAGGUCGAUUCGUUCAUUGAGAACUGGUAUCUACACGAGAACUUCCGCAAGGGAACACAUAUGAAUAACGAUAUUGCCCUGGUGGUGUUGAAGACUCCUCUGAAAUUUAGUGACUAUGUGCAGCCCAUUUGUUUGCCAGAUAAGAAUGCUGAGCUCGUCGAGGACCGCAAGUGCACCAUCUCCGGAUGGGGUUCUAUUAAAUCGGGAGUGUCCACUCCUGCGCAAGUUUUGGGUUCCGCCGAGCUUCCCAUUUUGGCCGAUCACGUAUGCAAGCAAUCUAAUGUGUAUGGAUCAGCCAUGUCGGAAGGCAUGUUCUGCGCCGGCUCCAUGGACGAGAGUGUGGAUGCCUGUGAAGGUGACUCAGGCGGUCCACUUGUCUGCUCCGAUGACGAUGGCGAGACUCUGUACGGGCUUAUUUCGUGGGGUCAGCACUGCGGCUUCAAGAACAGACCGGGUGUCUACGUCCGUGUGAAUCACUAUAUCGAUUGGAUCUACGAGAAAAUCAAUGAGAGCUUGCUACGCUUUUAAGGGAGCAUAUACUCACUUUACACUUUAAUAUCCACCUUCUUACAUGACUACUAAUUUAUAAGAAUUUUGUAGUGAACUUGCUAAUAAAGCAGACUUUUUUAGAACGAGCAAUU